AUGUUCAGAAACGCUCUGCGGCAAUCCAGCCGCGCCGUUGCGGCUGCCUCUGCCACUGGCCGGAUCGCUUCGGCUCGCGCUGCCGUCCCCGCCGUCGCCUCCAAGCAGAUCCGUAACUACGCUGCUGAGGCCAAGGCCUCGCCCACCGAGGUCUCUUCCCUCCUCGAGCAGAGAAUCCGUGGUGUCCAGGAGGAGGCCAAUGUCGCUGAGACCGGUCGUGUCCUCUCGGUCGGUGAUGGUAUCGCCCGUGUUCACGGUAUGGCCAACGUCCAGGCCGAAGAGCUGGUCGAGUUCGCCUCUGGUGUCAAGGGCAUGUGCAUGAACUUGGAAGCUGGCCAAGUUGGUGUUGUCCUGUUCGGUUCCGACCGUCUGGUCAAGGAGGGUGAGACCGUCAAGCGUACCGGUGAGAUUGUCGAAGUCCCCGUCGGCCCUGAGCUGCUCGGCCGUGUCGUCGACGCUCUCGGUAACCCCAUUGACGGCAAGGGUCCCGUCAACGCCAAGGCCAAGAGCCGUGCUCAGCUCAAGGCCCCUGGUAUCUUGCCCCGUCAGUCCGUCAACCAACCCGUCCAGACUGGUCUCAAGUGUGUCGACUCCAUGGUGCCCAUCGGCCGUGGUCAGCGUGAGUUGAUCAUUGGUGACCGUCAGACCGGAAAGACUGCCGUUUCUCUCGACACCAUGUUGAACCAGAAGCGUUGGAACGAGACUGGCGACGAGAAGCAGAAGCUCUACACCAUCUACGUCGCCGUUGGUCAGAAGCGUUCCACCGUCGCUCAGCUCGUCAAGACCCUUGAGGAGAACGACGCCAUGAAGUACUCCGUCAUCGUUGCUGCCACCGCCUCCGAGGCUGCUCCCCUGCAGUACAUUGCUCCUUUCACCGGUUGCGCCAUUGGUGAGUGGUUCCGUGACAACGGCCGUCACGCCGUUGUCACCUACGAUGACCUGUCCAAGCAGGCCGUCGCCUACCGUCAGAUGUCCCUGCUGCUCCGUCGUCCCCCUGGUCGUGAGGCCUACCCCGGUGACGUUUUCUACCUCCACUCCCGUCUCCUGGAGCGUUCCGCCAAGAUGAACGACAGCCUCGGUGGUGGCUCUCUCACUGCCCUUCCCAUCAUUGAGACCCAGGGUGGUGAUGUCUCUGCUUACAUUCCCACCAACGUCAUCUCCAUCACCGACGGUCAGAUUUUCUUGGAGUCCGAACUCUUCUACAAGGGUGUCCGCCCUGCCAUUAACGUCGGUCUCUCCGUCUCUCGUGUCGGUUCCGCUGCCCAGGUCAAGGCCAUGAAGCAGGUUGCCGGUUCCCUGAAGCUGUUCUUGGCUCAGUACCGUGAGGUUGCUGCUUUCGCCCAGUUCGGUUCCGACCUUGACGCUUCCACCCGCCAGACCCUUGCCCGUGGUGAGCGUCUGACUGAGCUGCUCAAGCAGAAGCAGUACUCCCCCAUGGCCGUUUCGGACAUGGUUCCCCUGAUCUUCGCUGGUGUCAACGGUCUCCUUGACUCCAUCCCCGUCGGCAAGAUCCUCGACUGGGAGGCCAACCUCCUCUCCACCAUCAAGACCAACCACCCUGAGAUCACCCAGACCAUUGACAAGGAGGGCCAGGUCAGCAAGGAGCUUGAGGCCAAGCUCAAGGAGGUCAUUGGCAACUUCAACAAGUCCUACAACGCAUAG